ACUUUUCUCAGAAUCCUUCACACAUUGAAUUCAUAUUCAUUCAUUCAUUCUUUCUGUAUUUCUCUGUAUUUUGUUUAGUUUAACUCUUUUUGAAGAGAAUAUGACCAUUCUUAUCGAGCAGCCUGCAGAUCUAGUGGGAGAAAAGGAAAUUAUUUCUGACACAAAUGAACUCGUGUUGGAUGGAGGAUUUUUCAUGCCCAAAAUGGAAUCAGAAUGUGGAUUUGAAGCCCCUGAAAUCAACUCAUAUGGUCAUUCAUUUAGGGAUUAUGAUGCAGAAAGUGAGAGACAAAAGUCAGUCGAGGAGUUUUAUCGAUUGCAACACAUCAGCCAAACAUGUGAAUAUGUGAAGAGAAUGAGGGAAGAAUAUGGAAAACUGGACAAAAUAAAGAUGAGCAUUUGGGAAUGUUGUGAACUUUUGAAUAAUGUUGUGGAUGAUAGCGAUCCUGAUUUGGAUGAACCCCAGAUUGAGCAUUUAUUGCAGACAGCAGAAGCAAUUAGGAAAGAUUAUCCUAAUGAAGAUUGGUUGCAUUUGACUGGCCUUAUUCAUGAUCUUGGAAAAAUUCUUCUUCUUCCAGAGUUCGGAGAGCUCCCUCAAUGGGCUGUUGUUGGAGACACAUUCCCACUUGGCUGUGCAUUUGAUGAAUCCAUUGUUCACCACAAACUGCAGUAUUUUGAGGACAAUCCAGAUUCCAAGAACCCUGCUUACACCACUAAGAAUGGAAUUUACCAAGAAGGAUGUGGACUAGAAAAUGUUGUGAUGUCUUGGGGACAUGAUGACUACAUGUACUUGGUAGCUAAAGCAAAUAGAACGACGCUGCCUUCGGCUGCAUUGUUUAUCAUCCGUUAUCACUCUUUUUAUCCUCUACACAAGGCUGGAGCUUAUACACAGUUGAUGAAUGAGGAAGAUGUAGAGAAUUUGAAGUGGCUUAAUAUAUUCAACAAAUAUGACCUUUACAGUAAGAGCAAAGUUCGUGUUGACGUUGAAAAAGUAAAGCCAUACUACCUUUCCCUCAUUGAAAAGUACUUCCCAGACAAACUUAGAUGGUGAAAACUCUGGCAAAAUACAUGGAAUAAAUAUUUUGGGCAAGCAGAAGGCAGUGUGGUGUUUGCUCAGUUAACUCAAGAUUUGAUGUAAACAAGAAAUGCAUGUUGUAAAUGUUUCUCUUUCAAGAUUUGUAGGGGUUCUUUUGUUCUCAAUGUAAUGUGCUUUCACUUUGUUGAUUUUUCGAUUUUUUGCCUAUAUUGUUUUCCUCUUGUUGAUCAUCGACAAGUGCUUUGUUGGUAAAUAAAUUAAACAAAAGUGUGGAUGAUGAUAA